AUGCCGGAAAACCCCGCGAGCGGUGCCGAGGAGGGAAAGCAGGCAACUGCCGACCUCAAGUCCGGUAUAAACACAUUGCAACAGCUCACUUCUUCGGCAGAAGCCGCCAAAAAACACCGUGACGACUCCAAACAUGAAAGAGCCGAGCGAAUGUUGUUUGAGGCUUUCGAGACUACGGCUAAAAGUCAGGGCAAUACGGAAAAGAGGGGGGAGAAGAACUGA